AUGAUUGAAUCUUUGGUAUUACGACUUUUUUUACGUAAAGAAUGUAUUGGUGGUACUCGAGAAACAACUAAAACCCAUAUAUUAAGCGUGUAUGCUCCUGAUACCAGUAAAAGUCAAGAAGAAACAGACUCAUUCUAUGAUGAACUGCAGAUCACCAUGGAUAAGAUACCGAAGCAAGACGAAAUUAUGAUACUGGGGGAUUUUAAUGGAAGGAUUGAUAACGAGGUUAUUAGUGGAAUUAAGAAUAGGUUUAACGAAGAAACACUCAACAGCAAUGGAGAACAACUGAUACAAUUCUGUGCACAUAAUGAACUACGCAUUAACAACACGUUUUAUUCCCAUAAACAACAGCACAAACUACAUUAUUACAAACAGAAAUAUUCAUCCUUCAAAAAUAUAGAUGUCAGAACAUUAACCUCAGUAAACACAGGGACUAACCACCAUAUGGUGCUAGCCAUAAUGCGGAACUGCGUACAAAGGAAAACCCAGAACAAACCGAAAGUGACAGAAAAGCUGAACAUAGAAAGCCUUAGCGAUGAUACCACAAAAUACCUUUACCAGCAAAGACUAAGGAAGGCAAUAAAUGAAAACAAGAUCUUGAAAGAUGAUACCGUAGAACUAGCAUGGAAAAGAUUAAGUACUAAUAUAAGGACAGCUGCAGAAGAAGCAUUAGGCAAACGAAAGGUUAAAGAAAAUGAUAGAUAUGACGUUGUUAAAAUCGGAGAUCACGAGGGACCCAAUCGAACGACAACAUGCGCUGAAUAUAUAAAUCCAUGGGUCAGCUAUGAAAGAGACGAAUCCGAGGCGGAUUCUGAGCCUGAUGGCCGAUUGUAG